GAAAAACGUUUUUGCCCACGUUGCAAAUUCCAGCAUGAAAUAAACCACGGAGCGAGUAACAGUGUAUUAGUUUGUUCCUCAAAUUUCUUCUUUCGCAAACGGAUUGCGACUGCUAGCGAACACGGAUUACACAAAAUGACACUCGAAGACGGCGAACAAACACAACAGCAUCGCACAGAUAAUUCUCAGAUGGAUAUCGCUGAAGCACUCUCCCACGUUUUGGGGAAGGCCAAUGAAGAGGACAGACUUACAAAGGGAAUUUACGAGUGCGCGACAUUGCUCGGAAAAGACCCGGAGAGUGUUUUUCUAUGUCUGUUGACUGAUAACUGUACUGGCGAUGUAGCGUUGCAUAUGCAUUUCACGUUGAUGAAAGCCUAUUGCUGGGAGAACGAAAUACGACUGAUGCUGAUUGAAGAUUAUGAAAACCUUGUCAAGUUGCUUAGCAACAACAAUAGUGCAACGGGUGCUGCUGCCCUGGACAAUGGCGAAGCUACUGUGGACAACGUUGAAGAUACCGUGGACAAUGCUGAAGCUCCCAUGGACAACACCCAAGCUACAGUUGAAAAAGAGGGCAUCGAACAGAUCACCAGCGAUGCGACGAAGUUAUGCUGCUUGAUUGUUCAAUAUCCAUCGGCUGCAGAGAAAGAUGUCGCCAUGGAUACAGUCUUACAACAUUACACAACUAUGCUAAAUGUGACACCGUAUCCCGCUGUUACUCUCGGAAAAUGAAGACAGGCAAUACGAAAAUAAGGCUGCCACUGUUGCUAAGUAACCUGGCCACCUCUAGGUAUAACCGACUGUUGCCAUGGCCGUUGCUUCACUUGUGACCUGCCAGAUCAGUCCCAAAUGUGCUGCCAUUGUCUCGUGUACAAGCACGCAAAAUGAUCCGGUCUAUUCACGCACAUCUAAGAAAAUGACGACAGAUAGAAGAUUUUAUAUGGCUGUACAAUCAUCUCGGCUACUAAUCAUUAAUUCUGAGUCAUUAUUUAUGCAGAAAUUCUUUUUUUGUCAGUGCAUUUAGAAUGCACAUGAAGAACAAAAAAACACAUUAAAAUGAAGAAAAAGAAAGUGGUGAGAAAAAACAAUGUAUAGUCGUGAAAAAAAAACCUGCUUAAAAACAAAACAAAAAAACACUGUCUCUUUAGGAUUAAGAGUCAAUGUACAAGGCUUUGUGAUGACUGAAAACUAAAAUGCACUCAAUAAGUCACAAUAAAAUGGGAAUGAAGUAAUAAUGAAUGUCAAAAUUUGAUGAUCCAGUAUGAUUUGGAGAAAACUUUAACAUUCAAAUAUGAAACGUUUAGUCAUAAACACCUCAGCUGUCUUUACAAAUUUAUCAGGGAAGUCCAUAUUUUAUCGAUAUUUUCAUUAGUGUAUGCAUAUAUUCAGGACAUUUUACAUAUACAUUCUUUUCUUCGAUCAAAUACUGUAAACAGUCAACAUUUCGCUGUUAACUGUUGUCAAAUUUCUCCAUCAGGCAUAUUGAUGGAAGUUCAGGUGUUUUGGGAAAUUUGUGUUUUGCAAAAUUAGAGGUAGUUAUAGUUGGGUGCGUUCUUGUUUAACUCAGUAUUAGUAACUUUGAAGGCUUUGUAUUUAUUGUUUUUAAAGUUUUUUCCAAUAACAGUUUUAUCUUGUAACAUCUUUCUUGCUGUGCAUCGAAGGUGUGUAUAUUAAUAUAACAAUAAAUAUUUGUUUUAAUUUAUUACACAUUUAAUAUGUGUAUCAAGGAAUGUUGUCAUCAUCCAAUCAGAGCUUGGUGAAAGUCUCAAUCUGGUGCUGCCCUUCCCCCUGGAUAUGAGGGGAGAAAUCAUGUUCUGAUAAACUUUAGUAAAUUGUAUCAAUUUCAUAGUUCUCAAUAUAUUUUGUGUGUCUAUAAAGUAUUUAAAUUAUUUUAACUUUUGACAAUUUUAACAAUAAACUUGUAAUUUCAUACUGAA